AUGACCUUAACAGAUGCAAAUAAACGUCCAGACAAAAAAGAAAAACCGUUCACCAAAGUGAUCAUUCGAAGAUUACCGCCAACGAUGACCCUAGUGCAAUUUUUAGAGCAAGCGUCCCCAGUUCCCGAUUACAAUUACAUAUACCAUGUAAAGGGUGAUAUGAGUUUGGGAGAAAAUGCUUUCUCCAGAGUCUACAUCAAUUUUGUGUGCCCUGAAGAUGUUUAUGGUUUUAAUGAAAAGUUUGACAAUUAUGUGUUUGUUGACAAUAAGGGCCACGAAUACACGGCUGUAGUGGAGUUUGCUGCCUUUCAAAAAAUCCCCAAAAAACGUGGAAAACUACGUAUGGAUCCAAAAUGUAAUAGCAUUGAAGAGGAUACAUAUUAUUUGGAAUUUGUUGCCAGUCUAAAUAAGCCUGUGGAACAAGAAGCAAAGCCUGAAUAUACGUUACAAUUAAAUGAAAGAGGAGAUGACAAGAAUAAGGACAUAACUACACCACUUCUGGAAUUCAUCAAAAAUAAAAGAGCUCAAAAACAGAAGAUAAGGGAAGUCAGACGAGAAGAGCGUGAAAAACGCAAAAAAGAAUAUGAAAAUAAGAAAUAUGGCAAAUAUUACGAUGAGAAUCAUUAUGAAGAUAAAUCACCUACUAAAUUAUAUGGUAAAAAACCUAUUAAGUUGCCUAAGAAUGAAUCGCCCAGGGAACAAAUUAAAAGUGAACCAUCUGAGGAAAAAUUGAACAAAAGUCCAAGAGAAAAAAAGGAUGACAAGCAACCUCCUGAGAAUAAAUCUAAAGAUAAAAAACCAGAAGAGAAAAAGGAAAGGAAGGAAAUCAAACCAAGAUUUCCCAAGAAAGAAUAUACAGAAGUCAGUAGAGAAUAUAAUAAACGAGAUGAUUAUUCCCACAGAGACUUUAGACCAAAACAUUAUGAUGAAUAUAAAAAAGAAGACACUAAAACCCCAACUAAAACAUAUCCUAAAAAAAUUAAAAAGUACAGUGAGAUGCGCGAAGAAAGAAAAAUUGAAGCCCAAAAAGCAGUACUAAAGAAAAUUGAAGAGGAGGCAAAAGCAACAAAUUCAACACCCAUAGAAGUUGAAAAAAAAGCUGAUUCAAAUGAAAAAUCCAAAUUUACUGACAAGCUGAAAAGUGCUUCUGAAGAAACUGUCAAACAAGCUUCAACAUCAUCUGAGAAGGAAUUAGAUAUUGAUGACACGAAGGAAGAAAAGCAAUAUGCUGAAACAAAUGAAGCAAGUUCAUCCAAGAGAGUAACCUCAUCAUCUGAAAAGGAAUUUAAUUUUGACGACAAGCAAAAAGAGAAGGAUUAUUUGGAUAAAAACGAGGCAAGUUCGUCCAAUUCUAGAAGGAUAAGGAAUAAGGAUCGGCCAACAAUACCUCUGUAUAGACCUGGAAUGUUGUCAAAAAGAAAGCAACCAGAAGCUGAAGAGAGCAGUUCUAAAGUCGAGACGAAAACAGAUAUGAAAAAGGAGUAG